AUGGACACUCAGCAAGUCCUGGUCACAGAAAGGCCAAGGCUGACUCUCCAGGGCUGCACAUGCAUAGAGUGGGUGAUGGGAGUCCUGCCAGCUCAGCCAGCUAAACCGAUGUCAGGAUUCCCGGACUGGCUGGGCUGAGCUCAAGGUCUGUAGCACAAGAUGGCAGGUUCCAUGUUGUGUUGGGGCCAUUCUGCCUAGCUCUGUCGUGUCCCCUUGUAUGGAUAUUAGUGAUGGGCAUGGACCCAUGCUGUUCCCCUUUGACCUGAGCAAUUUGCAAAUAGCUGGAACUUUGCAAGGUUGCUUCCGUUAGGGGGAGUAGUCGUUGCUCCUAGUCAGCAUAUUCUUAGUGGGAUUUUUUUAUUUACACAUAGUCCAGUUUCCCUGACCACAGCAGAACAAACAGCAGCCGACAGUUUUCUUGCACAGAAAUCUCCAGGCCCGCCCCUCCAGCAAGCUCUGUGCCCUAGAAGUUCUGUCCCUGCUUCCUCUGAGCCCUGCUCUCUCUGCCUCCCACAUCCACAGCAGGGAGAGGCCGGCUGGGAAAUCACAGGGAGCAUGGCCUUGGUGGCUGUCCUUGGUUGGCGGUGGGGGGAGGGGAGAGUACUGGGGCCAGCGCUCAGUCUUGCAUGUUUUGAGACUCCUUCUGCCUGAGGCCUGAGCCAGAAGCCCAGAAAGGGGCCUGGCCUGGCCAGUGUGGUGGGGAAGGGCAUCUCCAUGGUGCACUGCGCUGCGAUUUCUCAAGCCUUGUUCCUCUUUGUGACCAGGCCAGGACUGAGAUGGCGUGCGCCCCGUGCAGCAGAUUCCGCUGGCCCCAUCCCCCGAGGUCCCUGUCUGGGAUGUCUCGAACUUCUCCCUGGUGGAUGGACAGCUGGUGCUGAUGGCCAGGGAUGAGGAGGUUUUGUACAAGAGCCGGAACAGAACUGGCAGCUCCAUUUCGGAGACCAAUGCUCAUCCGUCCCUGAGCAGCAGGAGGGACACCGAUCUCUCCUCUGAGGGGAAGAGCUCACCCAGCCCUCGGGCCCCAGGAAGAGGCACUGAGAGCGACUUGUCAACCGGCUCCCAGUUCAGUAACGUGAAGGGGCUGAUAUGGAAGAGGCUAAGAGAACGCAAGGGCCGGACUGCAUCCAAGCCCGACUCCCAAACAGCGCCUCUUACGGAUGGCGACAGGCUGCCAAGCCGGCAUGGCUCCCGUGAGUCCCUGCUGCCUGCACCAAGUGCAGCCGAGUUGGAUCUGAGCGGCGAGGACGUAGUGAUCCGCCCGCUGCACAGCAGCAUCCUGGGCGAGAAGUUCUGCUUCCAGAUAAUCAACGCUGAGGGGAGCCGCUGUUUCGGCUGCACAUCAGUGGCUGAGCGGGACCGGUGGAUUGAAAACUUACGCAGAACCGUGCAGCCCAACAAGGACAACUGCGAGCGUGUGGAGAACACCCUGAGUCUCUGGGUGUAUGAGGCCCGAGACCUGCCCCCCAAGAAGCGCUACUUCUGCCAGCUGCACCUGGAUGGCGCCCUGUACGCCCGCACUACAGCCAAAUCAGCGGGUGCGGAUGGGGCACUCUUUUGGGGCGAGCUCUUCGAGCUGGCCACACUGCCUGCAGUGCGGGAGCUGCACAUCAGCGUGCUGCGGGAGGAAGAGGGGCGGCGGCGGGAGACCAGCCCCUUGGGCACCGUGACCAUCCAACUGGGGGAGCUGGCCGCCUCGCGCCAGCCCUUGGAGAAAUGGUACCCUCUGUGUGGAGCUGCCCCCAGUCGGGCACCUUCUCUGCGGCUGCGCGGACGCUACCAGGAGAUCCAGGUGCUGCCCAUUGUGAGCUACAAGGAGUUCGCCGAGUACAUCACCUUCCACUACCGAGAGCUGUGUGCCGGGCUGGAGCCUGCUAUUGCUGUGCGCCACAAAGAAGAACUUGCCAGUGCCCUGGUGCAUGUGCUGCAGAGCACAGGCAAAGCUAAGGCAUUUCUCAUCGACCUGGGGGUGGCGGAGUUGGACCGCUUCGACGACAGAGAGGCACUGAUCUUCCGCGAGAACACACUGGCGACCAAGGCCAUCGACGAAUACAUGAAGCUGGUUGGGGGACAGUACCUGUUGGACACACUGGGGGAGGCUAUUGCCCAGUUGUAUGAGUCGGAGGAUAGCUGUGAAGUUGACCCCAGCAAGUGUGCAGCCAAUGACCUGUCUGACAACCAGAACAAUCUGCGGCAGGCGUGUGAGGAGGUCUUCCAGAGAAUCACCAACUCCUGCGACGCCUUCCCAGCGGAGCUCAGCGAGAUCUUUGCAGCGUGGCAGGGGGAUUGUCUGGAGCGGAACAAGGAGGACAUCGGGCAGCGGCUCAUCUCGGCCUCGCUCUUCCUGCGCUUCCUGUGCCCAGCCAUCAUGUCCCCCAGCCUGUUUGGCCUCACCCAGGAGUACCCAGAUGAUGCCACCUCCCGCACCCUCACUCUGGUGGCAAAAGUCAUCCAGAACCUGGCCAAUUUUGCUACGUUUGGCGAAAAGGAGGCGUACAUGGGGUUCAUGAACGAAUUCCUGGAGCACAACUGGAGCCGCAUGAAGUUGUUCCUGCAGAGCGUGGCCAACCCUGACAGCAGUGCCCACCUGGUGGCUUAUGAUGGCUAUGUGGACCUGGCACUGGAGCUCUCCACCCUGCACGCACUGCUCUGCGACAUAUUCACUGGCCUGGACCAGCGAACGAGGGAGCCGUUAGAGCCCCUGCCGACCAUCCUCAAUGCCAUCAAAGAGGGGACGCCAGUGCCUGUCUCCAUCAAACUUGGCCCAGGCAUGGACAGCCCUGGUGAGAAGCCAGGAUUCCUGCCCCCGAGGGAGCUGAGCAAGUACAGCCCCCUGAUCAAGAGUCACUCCAUGACCAACAUCCAGAAGGGCCGGGGGAAGGAGGAUGAGCAGCACCUCCAGCAGCUGCCUGCCUCCCCACGCCAGGCCUGGGAGAGGAGGAAGGUGCAGCGCACCCAGAGUGUGCCUGCCCAGAGCAAGGCAGGACGCAGGCUGCAGAAGCAGAGCAGCAUGGAGCACGUGGUUGAGUCCCAGGGAGAAGACAGUCACGAUGGGAGCCCUCGCCCCUCUACCUUCCGCCCACGGGAUGGCCGAGCCCACCCGGGGCGAUCCAAUCUCCGCCAAUCUGCCUCGCUGCCCCGGAAAUCCACGGUGCCCUGGCAGCGCCACGCUGAGGAAGCAGCCAAGGCACAGACUGAGCUGUAUGCCAUGCGGCCGCUGGAGAAGCAUGGGAAGCAAAUUGAGGAGCUGAGGAAGGAGUUGGCAGAGUCCAGGGAGAAGCAGAGGCUCUUUGAGAGCCAGCUGGAAAUGCUGGUCACCCAGAACCAGACACUGCUGGAGGAGCAGGCCAAAAGCCAGGGGCAGGAGGAGAGACUCCGGAGGCAGCUGGAGCAGCUGGAAACGCACCUGGCAAACCUCAGCACCAGGGUGGCGGCGGCAGAGGGCAGCCGGAGGAAGGACCAGGAGAAGCUGAAGGCCAGCGAGGAGAGGACGAAGCGUCUGGAGCGCCGCCUGUCAGCCCUGGAGCGGGAACACGCCGAGCUGCUCUGUGCCAUCAGCCAGCGGCAGGGACUCCAGGACAAGCCACCCAACUCGCUGCUGAUGCCAGCGUCACAGGACGGGGCCGAGGACUGGCAGGAGGUUUAGCCAACUUGGUGGGCCCAGACGGCCAGCCCCUGGGCCCUGCGUGGGACGCACCCCACUCCAGCAGCUGCCACCCGCUUUGGACACCCUGCCAGCCAGACCUUGUCUCUAGAAAUUUGUCACAGACCCAAGCCCAGCAGCCCUUUCUUGGUAUGAGUCCAGCAUGGGAGGUCCUGAGUCUGCCAGGGAUGUUGUUCCAGAUAAUGGAGUCCCAGGGAGCUGCAGGCUGCUGCUGUGAAUCCCCUGCAGCUCUCCACUCCCAGGAGUGGUGGAGAGUGAUCAGAUUUGUGAGAGGCCCAUUCAGCCCCUCUCUCAUCCCAACUGGGGUUCCCUUCCCUAUUCCUGCAUCCAAAGGGUCCCCAGGUGCUUCCUUCUGAACCCCUCCCACACACUCCCGAUGCCUUGUUGCCCCCUCCAUCGUACCCAUGCUGCCAUCCCAGUAGUGGAACAUUGCCCCAACGUGCCCAAGCUCUGGCUGCUGCAUAGCACCAGUUGCCCAGGGCCACUGCCCAGUGACUGCCGACAGGCCCAGGGGGCUGACUAGAAGAGAUGCCCCCGGACCAGUAUUCAGGCCUCAUUUGGCUCUUGGAGGAUUCAGGGAUGGGCUGCCACAGUGAGCUUGUCUCCGGGUUCGUGCUUGGGCCACGACUCCCUGCAGAGCCAGAAAUGCAGUGGCUGCUUUGUCAAAAACCUUCCUUGUCUCUGAGGGUCCCUUGCAGCCAGGCAGUAAACAUGGUGCCCAGGAGCAGCGCCAGGGUUUUUGGCGCCUUAGGCGGGGGUCCUUCCGCGCUCCCGGUCGUUGGCGGCAAUUCUGCGGCGGAGGGGUCCUUCUGCACUUCCGGUCUUUGGGACAUUUCAGCGGCAGGUCCCGGAGCAAGUGAAGGACCCGCCACAGAAUUGCCGCCAAAGACCCGGAGCGCGGAAGGACCCCCCGCCGCCGAAUUGCCGCCGAGGGUGGCAAAAUGCCGCCCCCCCAAAUCCUGGCACCCUAGGCGACUGCCUAGGUCGCCUAAAUGGAAGCACUGGCCCUGAUGGUGCCUUUUGUGACGAGCAUGUGGGUUGGAGCCUGGAGCACUCGCCACAUGGGACCAGACAGGCCAUGGCCCAAGGAUUCAGAAGGAAGCAUGGCAGGCACCAAGCUCCGAGAGCCUCUUGCCACAGGGCUAGGUUUCAGAAAAGCCCAGCUCCUACUGAGAAGCUCCCAGCCUUGCUGUUCAUGCACACACACAUACACGUGCACAAGCACACACAGGAAAAACACACAUGCAUGUAUGCGCACACACAGCACAACCUGUGCACACACAUGUGCGCCUCACAUUGUUCUCAGUGGGUGCUGCUGGGGGCUGAGCACUUCUGCAAGUCUCUCCCUGUGCCCCAGAGCGCUCACACAGACACCUUCCAAGACUUGCAGGGCUGAGGCCCUGUCACAGCUGGCACCCAGCAUGUGUGCAGUGCACACCUGGGAGGGCACAUCAGGGCUGGCUGUCACUUGCAGAGGUUUAUCAUUUGCUGAAUUCCAAACCAGCUUCCCCCAGGUCCCCAUGUCCCCUGCUCACUGGGGCCAUUCCGAGCUCUGUCCCCUACCACUGGGACCCUGGCACUGGGCAAAACGAGAAUAAUGGGGAUAUUCGGGGUGGGAGUGAGCUCUUCUCGUCCUCCCAAAUGGGUGACCUGACUUGGCCCAAAUUCCGGACUGAUUCCCCGUCCCCUGCAGGCUGGGCCUGGGCAGGCCAGCUUGGAAGGGUCAUCAAAUUCAGGGCGUUAGGCUAUGUCUACACUACGCACCUUUUAGCAACAUAGCUUUUGCAGCUAAAAGGCACACAGCGUAGCUGCUCUUUGUUGGCGGGAGAGAAUUCUCCCACUGACAAAAAACUCCCACCCCAAUGAGCGGCAGUAGCUUUGUUGGCAGGAGAGCGCUCUCCCAUUGACAAAAAAUCCCACUCCCAAUAAGCGGUGAUAGCUUUGUCGGCAGGAGAAAGCGCCCUCCAAUAAAACGCUGUUCACAUAAGCACUUUUUGUCUGUAAAAUUUGUGUCGUUUGGGGGAGGAGAGUGUUUUUUUCACACACACCCCGAACGACAAAGGUUUUACUGACGAAAGUCCAGUAUAGACAAAGCCUUAGAGUGGAAACCACUCCGUUUCAGAGCUACAGCUGGCUUCUGCUCCCAUGACAGUCCAGCAACACACAGAGCCAGCUCGCCCCUCAGCCCCUAGGAGCAGGCCUGUCUGCAGGGGCUGGCCUGUGCAUUUGCAGUGGGAUGAUAGUCAGGGUCUCGGGGUGACUUCUGAUGCAGCCUGUCUCUCCAAUGUUUCCUAGCACCUGUAGGAGUCGCCUUCCUGAGGACAGGUGCAUUCUAGUCCUGGAGGGGCCCUGCUGGGCUCAUGACUGCAGGGAGGGGAAGCCGCAGCAAGGAGCCAGGUGGGGGAGGGAGGGGUGAGCAGUUGGGAGGGAGGAUCUAAGAGGGAGGGAGUCCGUCCCCACUGCUCUGAGGGCAAGUGACUAGGACCCAGCUUAGUAGUGUAGAUCAGGGCUCACUUCCAUUGGCUUCAACAGGAGCGAGGCACCUGAAUUGCAUUGAGGAGCUAGACCUAGAUGCCUCUGGGCUUUUGGGUUAACAGAGGGGGCUGGAGCAGCACCACUUAGGGACACAUACACACACACAUUCCCUAGGGUGACCAGACAGCGAAUGUAAAAAAGCAGGACGGGAUGGGGGAGUAAUAGGAGCCUAUAUAAGAAAAAGACCCAAAAUCAGGACUGUCCCUAUAAAAUCGGGACAUUUGGUCACCCUACACUCGUCCCCAGCUCCCCUGUGUGAUACAGUUCAGCUGCUGUGACACCAACACAAACUCUUGUGAGAUCGCAGCAGCUGUCACCUUGCAGGGGAAGGUCCAUGGCACACAGAUGUGAGGAACACCGCCCCCCCCAGCUGUGUUAGGUGAAUAACGCCAGCCCAGCAUGGAUCCUAAGGAAAGGGACCCAGGAACCUGAGGUUCUGGUUUGGCCCCAUCACCCAGGGAUCCAGGCCUCUCUGGGGCAGGGCAGGGCUGGCAUCCCUGAUGCACAGAGCGGAGCCAUCCUUCCUCUCUGUCUCUCGUACCCGUCAUGUUCUGCCCCAAAGGCCAGCUUAGUCGAGCAAAUUCCCUGGUGAUUCAGGGGAGGGUAGCCCCUGCAGGGAACGAGUGGGGGGGGGGGAUGAGAAGCCGGGGCCCGCAGUGCUCCCACAGUCUGCAAGGGCUCAGCCAGAGCAUCUCUUGAUAAAUGGCAGAACACGAGAAUGAAGCCUGGCCGGGAGCUCCAUGCUCCAGCCCAGCAACCUCAUGGGGCCUGCCUGCCUCCAGGGGCCAGGCAGGCUGUCUGGGAGCAGCGAGCACUGGCGCACUGCAGUCUCCAGACACUGGCUCCCCUGUCCCACUGUCAGGGCAGUCGCUGCUGUGAAGACACAGACAAAGGGCUCCUCCUGUGCCCUUCUACAUGGCACCCACCAGCCAGCAGCCCUGGUGUCCAUGUGCCAGCGUGUCCAUGUGGGGGGAGAGGGGGAUGGGGAGAGGCCUGCAGGCAUAUUUCCAUUCGAAUCCCCCUAGCUCUGACCUGCCUGCACUUCCUAGCCUUGGGCCAAGAUGUUCCCAAGUGCCUUGUGGGGCUGGCUGGCUUCCCAACUUGGGCCUGAUUUUCAGGACUCAGGCAGCAUCCGCUGGAGCAGCCAGACUGGCUAAGCACGUAAGCCAUUGGGAGUAUGCCCAGAAGGAGGUUAUUUUGUUUUACAGUGUGAAACUGGAGAAUGAGGAGGGUGGGGGUGGGGACACCUUGUAGGCCUCCAGCCCCCUGCUGCCUUGGGCUUGAUCCAGCCCCACACUGGGGCAGGGGUUGAUCUCUGGCUGGAAAUAGGCCAUCAGAGCCCUGGAGCGCCUAUCUGUUUGAUUUGAGAGCAGGGCAUCAUUGUGCCCAAUUGCUAUGCGCCAGGCUGGGGGGGUGCCAAGUACCAACCUUUGGCUGAGGCAAGGACUCCACAGUCUAAGUGCAGGGAAGUUUGAGGCACUGAUGUGUACCAAGGGGCAAGCAGGAGGGUGCCCUGUACUGAGACAUCCCAGAGGAUCCACAGCUGGGGAUUCUCAUCCCCCCUUGGGCUGCUUCCCUUUCUCCCUCAUGAAGGGGCUCUUCCACGCACCCCCACACUCACAGAGCGUUCCCUCCUCCUGGGAAGGGCCCUUCCAACAACCCCCAUUCACAGAGGGUGGCAAAGUCAGAAUUGUCUGGAAUAUUUUUAUGCCUGUGUGUGCCUCAAUUUCUCUCUGCACUUUAUGUUGCUACCCAGUGGGUGCAAAAGGGUUAAAAGGCUGCUCUUGGGGCAGAGCAGGAGCCAUGAGGUGUUAGGUCAUGUGACUGUCUGGGGUGGAGUGAAGGGGUCCUUUCAGCCCAAACCAUGUCAAUGGAGGGUCUGGAAAGACAAAGGGCGCCCAAACAAUUGACACCUACCCAUGAGCGUCUUGUGGGCAGAACAUGUGAACUCAGCAGGGAUCUGUGGCGGGGGAGAAGAUCUGGCUUUGGGAGAGACACCAAGCUCUCAUCAGAGACUGACCAAAAGUGGAGUCCACGGCUGGGUGGCGUGCUGGCUUGACCAGGAUGGACGGUGUCAUAGCCUUUGCUUCGCUGCGCUAACCUGGGGACUUCCCGGCCUGGUUUCAGCCAACUAAUAAACCCGACUCUGUUUG